GUUCUACACAAGUCCUUCGCCCACAUCAUAGUUCCGCCGAUGGAUGACGUUGUUUACUCCGUUGAAGGGGAUUUCAACAUCGGCGUGAUUGUUUCGAUCUCCUCCCACGAAAGGACACGUAUCUGUGGGACCAACCUGCCAAUCAACGCACUGAUGAUGGUUGAAGUCGUGGAAGUGAUCGUCUAUGCCAUAACGCAGAUUAAUUUGGUAUGUACACGCUCCCAAAAUAAUGAGUGAGCGAAUCGGUCAAUCAAAAUUCCUUUGAUGUGAAUUUUUGAAUGGCUUGAGCAGGUUGAAUAUAGCCCAUAGAAUAUAUUCCUAAUUGGACGAAAUUUCGAACCCUUGAACUAAUUCAUAUUCAUUAUUCUGGGCGCCGACACUUAAAAUGUGAUUAUGUUGGCCUGUCAUUAUUAUGCCUAAAAUAUUUCAUAUUCAACUUGAUUACCAUAUUACACUAUUUCAGUUGAACUUUAGGGUUCCUGGGAUCUCUGGGCGAAAUUAAUGCAAAGUAACUAAGUUUUAAGCAGACGUGGCAUGCAUGAAGGUUGGAUGACCCAGUAGCUAAGUUUUAAGCAGGCGUGGCAUGCAUAAAGGUUGGAUGACCCAGUAGCUAAGUUUUAAGCAGGCGUGGCAUGCAUGAAGGUUGGAUGACCCAGUAGCUAAGUUUUAAGCAGGCGUGGCAUGCAUGAAGGUUGGAUGACCCAGUAGCUAAGUUUUAAGCAGGCGUGGCAUGCAUGAAGGUUGGAUGACCCAGUAGCUAAGUUUUAAGCAGGCGUGGCAUGCAUGAAGGUUGGAUGACCCAGUAGCUAAGUUUUAAGCAGGCGUGGCAUGCAUGAAGGUUGGAUUACCCAGUAGCUAAGUUUUAAGCAGGGGUAGCAUGCAUGAAGGUUGGAUGACCCACUAGCUAAGUUUUAAGCAGGCGUGGCAUGUUAGAAGGUUGGAUGACCCAAUAGCUAAGUUUUAAGCAGGCGUGGCAUGCAUGAAGGUAUGAUGACCCAGUAGCUAAGUUUUAAGCAGGCGUGGCAUGCAUGAAGGUUGGAUGACCCAAUAGCUAAGUUUUAACCAGGCCUGGCAUGCAUGAAGGUUGGAUGACCCAUUAGCUAAGUUUUAAGCAGGCGUGGCAUGCAUGAAGGUUGGAUGACCCAGUAGCUAAGUUUUAAGCAGGCGUGGCAUGUUAGAAGGUUGGAUGACCCAAUAGCUAAGUUUUAAGCAGGCGUGGCAUGCAUGAAGGUUGGAUGACCCAGUAGCUAAGUUUUAAGCAGGCGUGGCAUGUUAGAAGGUUGGAUGACCCAAUAGCUAAGUUUUAAGCAGGCGUGGCAAGCAUGAAUAAGAAAUUCUGUAUUUAAAAAAAAGGGGGUGGGGUUAAGUUUUUAAUCUGAUCAAGGGAGAUGUGUACUCGUUAUGAGUGCUCAGAUGUGUGGGGUUUUUAUGGUUGCACGAAUAUAACGGUUCUUUUUGGAUAUUAGGCUAUACAUUCGUGGUUGUGGGAUAGCACGCUGUUCUAGAAAAUGCCAUUCUUCAAUCUCUAGCUUACAUGGGGAUAUAAAUUACGUUUUAAUACUUACAAUAACAUCAAAAUGGACCCGUUUCCCAGAAAAUUCCCUUAAAUUUCCAAAAGUAAAUUGGUCAGUGUUUUACGCGGGUCUUGGGUGCAAGAGAGGAAGUCUUACUUUCAUUGGAACCCCACAGUGAUCAGCUGUAACGAUUUUUGUGUGCUAGAGAGGAAGUCUAACUUUCGUUGGAACCCCAUAGUGAUCAGCUUUAACGAUGUCUCCCGAAGUUUGAUUUCCCGAAGACAACUUUAAAGAUUAAUUAAUCGUACAGCACGCAACAAAUUGAUACAUUUAUUGUUUACGCGACUGUCCAAUUUGUGAUUUCUUCUCCCCAAAGGACAAGACGCUGCUCCCGAAUAUGAAGUUAGGGUUUGUUAUUUUGGAUGCUUGUAAGAAGACGCAGGCCGCAGUAUUUCAGGCCAUGCGGUUCUUGCCUCAGUCCAACCCCGACGACUACAAGGUUUCAAGUAAGUCAACAUUUUGUUCUAUAAGCUAAACAAACAUUUAGAGUACGGGCGUUUUUUGUUGUUGAAAUAUCGUCAACACCGAGCAACCUAGCGCCAUCGAGUAGAUCAGUGGGUGGUUCCGAGCAACCUAGCGCCAUCACGUAGAUCAGUAGGUGGUUCCGAGCGACCUGGCGCCAUCUUGUAGAUCAGUGGGUGGUUCCGAGCAACCUAGCACCAUCGCGUAGGUCAGUGAGUGGUUCCGAGCAACCUAGCGCCAUCGCGUAGGUCAGUGAGUGGUUCCGAGCGACCUAGCGCCAUCGUGUAGAUCAGUGAAUGGUUCCGAGCAACCUAACGCCAUCGCGUAGGUCAGUGAGUGGUUCCGAGCGACCCAGCGCCAUCGUGGUGAUCAGUGGGUAGUUCCGAACAACCUAGCGCCAUCGCGUAGAUCAGUGAGUGGUUUCGAGCAACCUAGCGCCAUCGCGUAGGUCAGUGAGUGGGUCCGAGCGACCUAGCGCCAUCGCGUAGAUCAGUGGGUGGUUCCGAGCAACCUAGCGCCAUCGUGUAGAUCAGUGAGUGGUUCCGAGCAACCUAGCGCCAUCGCGUAGAUCAGUGGGUGGUUCCGAGCAACCUAGCGCCAUCGUGUAGAUCAGUGAGUGGUUCCGAGCAACCUAGCGCCAUCGCGUAGAUCAGUGGGUGGUUCCGAGCAACCUAGCGCCAUCGUGUAGAUCAGUGAGUGGUUCCGAGCAACCUAGCGCCAUCGCGUAGAUCAGUGGGUGGUUCCGAGCAACCUAGCGCCAUCGUGUAGAUCAGUGAGUGGUUCCGAGCAACCUAGCGCCAUCGCGUAGAUCAGUGGGUGGUUCCGAGCAACCUAGCGCCAUCGUGUAGAUCAGUGAGUGGUUCCGAGCAACCUAGCGCCAUCGCGUAGAUCAGUGGGUGGUUCCGAGCAACCUAGCGCCAUCGUGUAGAUCAGUGAGUGGUUCCGAGCAACCUAGCGCCAUCGCGUAGGUCAGUGAGUGGUUCCGAGCGACCUAGCGCCUUCGUGUAGAUCAGUGAGUGGUUCCAAGCAACCUAGCGCCAUCGUGUAGAUCAGUGAGUGGUUCCGAUUGACCUAGCGCCAUCGAGUAGAUCAGUGAGUGGUUCCGAGCAACCUAGCGCCAUCGCGUAGGUCAGUGGGUGGUUCCGAGUGACCUAGCGCCAUCGUGUAGAUCAGUGAGUGGUUUCGAGCAACCUAGCGCCAUCGCGUAGAUCAGUGGGUGGUUCCGGGCAACCUAGCGCCAUCGUGUAGAUCAGUGAGUGGUUACGAGCAACCUAGUGCAAUCGUGUAGAUCAGUGAGUGGUUCCGAGCAACCUAGCGCCAUCGCGUAGAUCAGUGGUAGUCUCCGAGCAACCUAGCGCUAUCGCGUAGAUCAGUGGUAGGUUCCGAGCAACCUAGUGCCAUCGUGUAGAUCAGUGAGUGGUUCCGAGGAACCUUGCGCCAUCGCGUAGGUCAGUGGUAGGUUCCGAGCAACUAAGCGCCAUCGCGUAGGUCAGUGAGUGGUUCCGAGCAACCUAGCGCCAUCGCGUAGGUAAGUGAGUAGUUCCGAGCAACCUAGCGCCAUCGCGUAGGUCAGUGGGUGGUUCCGAGCAACCUAGCGCCAUCGUGUAGAUCAGUGAAUGGCUACGAGCAACCUAGCGCCAUCGUGUAGAUCAGUGAGUGGUCCCGAGCAACCUAGCGCCAUCGUGUAGAUCAGUGAGAGGUGCCGAGCAACCUAGCGCCAUCGUGUAGAUCAGUGAGUGGUUCCGAGCAACCUAGCGCCAUCGCGUAGGUCAGUGAGUGGUUCCAAGCGACCUAGCGCCAUCGUGUAGAUCAGUGGGUGGUUCCGAGCGACCUAGCGCCAUCGUGUAGAUCAGUGGGUGGUUCCGAGCAACCUAGCGCCAUCGUGUUGAUCAGUGAGUGGUUCCGAGCAACCUAGCGCCAUCGUGUAGGUCAGUGGGUGGUUCCGAGCAACCUAGCGCCAUCGUGUAGAUCAGUGAGUGGUUCCGAGCAACCUAGCGCCAUCGUGUAGAUCAGUGAGUGGUUCCGAGCAACCUAGCGCCAUCGCGUAGGUCAGUGAGUGGUUCCGAGCGACCUAGCGUCAUCGCGUAGAUCAGUGAGUGGUUCCGAGUGUGCUAGCGCCAUCGUGUAGAUCAGUGGGUGGUUCCGAGCAACCUAGCGCCAUCGCGUAGGUCAGUGAGUUGUUCCAAGCGUCCUAGCGCCAUCGUGUAGAUCAGUGGGUGGUUCCGAGCAACCUAGCGCCAUCGUGUAGAUCAGUGAGUGGUUCCGAGCGACCUAGCGCCAUCGCGUAGGUCAGUGAGUGGUUCCAAGCGACCUAGCGCCAUCGUGUAGAUCAGUGGGUGGUUCCGAGCAACCUAGCGCCAUCGUGUAGAUCAGUGGGUGGUUCCGAGCAACCUAGCGCCAUCGUGUAGAUCAGUGAGUGGUUCCGAGCAACCUAGCGCCAUCGCGUGGGUCAGUGGGUGGUUCCGAGCAACCUAGCGCCAUCGCGUAGAUCAGUGAGUGUUUCCGAGCAACCUAGCGCCAUCGUGUAGAUCAGUGAGUGGUUCCGAGCAACCUAGCGCCAUCGCGUAGGUCAGUGAGUGGUUCCGAGUGAUCUAGCGCCAUCGUGCAGUUCAGUGAGUGUUUCCGAGCAACCUAGCGCCAGCACGUAGAUCAGUGGUAGGUUCCGAGCAACCUAGCGCCAUCGUGUAGAUCAGUGAGUGGUUCCGAGCAACCUAGCGCCAUCGUGUAGGUCAGUGGUAGGUUCCGAGCAACCUAGCGCCAUCGUGUAGAUCAGUGAGUGGUUCCGAGUGACCUAGCGCCAUCGUGUAGAUCAGUGAGUGGUUCCGAGCAACCUAGCGCCAUCGCGUAGAUCAGUGAGUGGUUCCGAGCGACCUAGCGCCAUCGCGUAGAUCAGUGAGUGGUUCCGAGUGGCCUAGCGCCAUCGUGUAGAUCAGUGGGUGGUUCCGAGCAACCUAGUGCCAUCGUGUAGAUCAGUGGGUGGUUCCAAGCAACCUAGCGCCAUCGUGUAGAUCAGUGGGUGUUUCCGAGCAACCUAGCGCCAUCGCGUAGAUCAGUGGGUGGUUCCGAGCAACCUAGCGCCAUCGUGUAGAUCAGUGAGUGGUUCCAAGCGACCUAGCGCCAUCGUGUAGAUCAGUGGGUGUUUCCGAGCAACCUAGUGCCAUCGCGUAGAUCAGUGGGUGUUUCCAAGCAACCUAGCGCCAUCGUGUAGAUCAGUGGGUGUUUCCGAGCAACCUAGCGCCAUCGCGUAGAUCAGUGGGUGGUUCAGAGCAACCUAGCGCCAUCGUGUAGAUCAGUGAGUGGUUCCAAGCGACCUAGCGCCAUCGCGUAGAUCAGUGGGUGGUUCCGAACAACCUAGCGCCAUCGCGUAGGUCAGUGAGUGGUUCCAAGCGACCUAGCGCCAUCGUGUAGAUCAGUGGGUGGUUUACGUUCGUUGCUGCUUCAUAAAUAGGUGUUUUCCGAUGGUGUUUGGUUUCUCAAAGUCACAUGGGAUUAAGCGUGACGCCGUGGUUAAAGUUAAGUUUCUUAAAGUCACUUUGGAUUAAGAAUAAUGUUUUGGUAAAGAUUAACUUUCUCAAAGUCACUUUGAACUAAGCGGGAUUCCGUUGGAGGGAUCCAAUAUAGUUUUUUUUAGUUAUAUUAUUUAUUAAAUACUAAUCCUAAGUGCUUCAUAAAUUUGACUUUCUUUGUUUUUUUGUUGUUGAGUACACAUUACAUAUCGCCGUAUGAAAUCAACGUUUAACCGUGUGUCCUUUCAUUGACCAUCAGAUACACCCGGAUUGCUACAUUCUUUCGAUGUCAUUGGUGUCAUUGGCACAGACGAGAGCCACACCACAAUUCCAGUCUCACAUUUGCUUGGUG